CAAAACAACUAUUUUAGUAUUAUGAUAGGAGGCGGUAUCUUUAUCUGACCGCCUUGAUAUAUAUUUUGUUUACAUUAUUCUUGGUCAAAUAAUUAAAUUACUGAUUAAUUUUGUUACCCCCCUAUACUAAUGUGUGGUCGCACUUGCUUGACCCUAGAUCCGGAUGAGGUGCUUUGUGCCUGCAAGUAUCCCAAAAAAACAGUCAAAAAGGAGCCGGACACUACAAAGGAAGAUGUCACCAAGGAUGAAGAUAGUUCUAACAUGGAAACACCUGAGUGGCGGGCGGAAUUUAACUUGGGACGUCGCUACCAGGCAUCAUAUAACAUUGCGCCCACCGACAUCACCCCCGUAAUAGUAUCUGCUGCCCACUUUUCCGAUGCCGAUGACCAGAAGUGCGCCCGGGUCGUGAUGCCAAUGAUGUGGGGCAUGAUACCCUUCUGGCACAAGGGCGAUUAUAAGCGACACGGACUCACCACCAACAACUGUCGAUUGGAGCACCUGAUGGAUUCUAAAUUGUAUCGAGGCCCCUUUAAGCGUGGCCAGCGUUGUGUCGUCGUUUGCGAGGGAUUCUACGAGUGGCAGACAGCCGGUCCUGCCAAAAAGCCAUCAGAAAGAGAGGCCUACCUGGUAUACGUUCCUCAACAAGGCGAUGCCAAGAUCUACGACAAAAGUACCUGGUCCCCGACGGAUGUAAAACUGCUACGCAUGGCCGGACUUUUCGACGUGUGGGAGGACGAGAGUGGCGACAAGAUGUACAGCUACAGUAUUAUCACCUUUCAGUCCAGCAAGAUAAUGUCCUGGAUGCACUACCGGAUGCCGGCCAUCCUUGAAACCGAAGAGCAAAUGAAUGAUUGGCUAGACUUUAAGCGGGUAAGUGACUCGGAAGCCUUGGCCACCUUACGGCCAGCCCAAUCACUGCAAUGGCAUAGAGUGACGAAGCUGGUGAACAAUUCCCGCAACAAGAGCGAAGAGUGCAACAAGCCCAUGGAGUUGGCCGCCAAACCAGCAAAACCGCCGAUGAAUAAGACAAUGAUGGCUUGGCUGAAUGUCCGCAGAAAGCGGGAGGAGCAGAUCAAGGAAGAGCAAAGUGAUCCUAGUGGCGAUGAGGAGCAGGAUAAACAUAACGAAGCAAAACGAAAGUGUUCCGAUGGCUCACCCAUAGGUAGCCCAGCCAAGAGACCUAGAUUCCGGGAGUUUAAGAAGGCUCUUCGACAAAGCCCGGGUAGCAGUGGUAGCGACGUAAAAUCGGGCGAGCGAUAGAUUGAAGAAAAUUCCGAAACUUUUUAUAAAUAGUUUGUAGGACAUUAAGUUUAUUUCCAUCAAAAACCGAAAUUGUUUUCUCAAUACCCAAAAAAUGUAAGCAUUAUCAUCGUUGUUGCGGCUUAAUUACAAAAAGUGGAACUUAGCGACUAAAGAUUUGUUUUAAAAAUUUUGUUCUUGGAUUAAAGCUUAAUUAACUA